AUGGGAUCGCAACAUAACAUUGAGCAAGCUUUACUUGGUUCUUGGUCCCUACUUGACUUUCGAUCCCAGCUCCAGGAUGGCGGCGAAAUCUUUCCUAUGGGAAAAGACGCUCGUGGUAUCAUAAACUACAGCCCGAACGGCCGCAUGUCCGUCCAACUGCAACCCGCAGUCACCAAGAAAGUCAAGGAAACCGUAAAUGACCUUUUGGCAUACACUGGCCGAUACUCGGUUGAGACGCAGCCCGACGGCAGCAUCAUGGUGAAACAUCACCUUGAGCUCAGUUCCUGGCCUGAAGAAGAUGGCUCGUAUCAGUCACGGAAGGUGGAACUCUUUGAGAAUCAGCUCGUGCUAUCAUCGCCAGCUCCUUUGAAUGUUGAGGGAAUUGCCCAAAGAAUAGUACUGAGGUGGCAAAAGAUUGAGUGA